AUGACGAUCGAUAAUCCCAAAGAUGUCAUUCACACCGUCAACCUGGUCACCCAGAUUCUAUGUCUUCCUAUAACAACCGCCUUUGUGGCCUUGCGCUUCUAUACUCGAAUUCGGUUUAAGCAGAGUCUGGGAAUUGAAGAUGCUGCCUGUACUGUGGCUUGGGCCCUAUUCAUGGGAUACUGUGUAGUCGGCAUGUUCAUCGGCAAAUAUGGCGGCGGCUACAACAUCAGUGACGUCUCCGACGCCGACAUAAUCCAAUUCAAAAAGUUCUGCUAUAUCGCCACUAUCCUUUACUGCCCAAUGGCUCUCUUCGUCAAAAUCGCCCUUCUCUCCAUCCUAACCCGCAUCUUUAAGCCCUACCGUGGCAAAGUCUGGUUCAUCUACGGCUUCCUCGGCUGUCUCUGCACAUACUACGCCGUGGCCCUCAUCGUCAAAAUCCGCAUGUGCGCCCCCAUCCCAAGAUACUGGCUCGGAGAUGCAGUGGACGGCUCCUGUCUGGAUCAAACUGCUGCCCUGAUUGCCGAUUCCGUCAUCAGUGUCGUCAGCGAUAUCAUCAUUCUCGUGCUCCCCUUGCCCUUGACCUGGUCCCUACAAAUGUCGCGCAACAGGAAGCUCCGCGUUAUCGGUCUGCUGGGUGCUGGUGGUCUCGCUACGGCCUUCAGUCUGUAUCGAUUGGUGCUGGUGCUGAGGGAUGGUAACUCUGCAAACCAGACUAUUGUUUUCAUGGAUGUUAUUCUAUCGGGUAACGCCGAGGGUGGUGUGGGACUGAUUUGCGCCUGUCUCCCCGUUUGCAAUGUUCUCAUUGCUUACUACCGGAAGAAUUACUCUUCCCAAAAGUACUACAACCAGAGCUCCGAGGUCCAACUGGCCGACCGGAACACUGGAACCAACUCCAAAGCAGCAUGGGAGAAGCCUCCCAACUUUGGCGAUCAGAGCCAUCUCAUCUCGUAUGCCGGCGGUCCGGAGGCGAAUGAGUCUGGUGUGUUCGAAGGUAUCAGAAAGACCGUCGCCGUGGAGCAGACUGUCGAGAGUGCCAGUGCAGAUAGCGGCAGCCGAUAA